AUGGCAAAUUGCGCCUUGAUUGAUAUUCCAUCCGCGUGUGCUCGUCGCGGGUACCUCUCAACUAUUGGAGUUGUGAUCGAUGUUUUGCCGCCUUUCCAGACCAAGGGAUCAUCAACAUGUGUGACCUUCACGCUGAAGGACUCCUUGUUCGAUCAGCCUCACUGGGCUGGAGGUCUGAAGAUCAAGUAUUUCAAUGACCAUCCCGAUGCGCUACCGGUUGUUCAGGUCGAUGAUGUUGUUCUCUUGAGAGGGAUUCGUGUCACUUCAUACAAUGAUAAACCUACUGGAGUAGCUUCUCAACAUGACACAGUUGAGUGGGCAGUAUUUCGAUCAGAUCCAGACCCUAACUCCAUUCCAACGAUCCUCACGGGCCCGACUCCUUUUCCGUUGAAGCCGGCAGAGGAACAAGCAGCCCGGAGACUACUUGAUGGCGCCCCAAGGCAAGCUUCAAAUACUUCAAACAAUGUUGCGCGACAGAUGCCUCUGUCGCAGCAACGCUCCCAGGUUGUUCAAGCAUUCAUGGCGCCCACGACAACCAAGAGUGGUUUGCCCUUGCGACUCAUUCGGGAUCUUCAGCCCGGCCCGUUUGUCCAAAUUCUUGGACAGGUUGUGAAAAUCAAUAACUUUGAUAGCGAGAGAUGCAUUUUGCACUUGACCGAUUAUACUUCAAACGAGGCUUUGGUCGAAAUCGAAGAAGACCGAGAUGAAGAUAUGGGCGUUGACGGCGAUAGCUUCGGCUACCUGUCCAGGAAAAGAAAGAAUUGGCCUGGUCCAUGGGGAAAGAUGACCAUCCAGGCUGUCUUGUGGGAGCCACAUGCCACUUAUGCUCGAUCGCACGUCAAGGAAGGGCAGAUCGUAUUACUGACUUACACACGAAUCAAGCCUGCAAGCUACACAGGUCUGGAGGCUGUAGUUCACCAAGACAAGCGAUACCCCGCCAAGACUCAUGUCAAGGUCGUCGCUGAUACUGACGACCUCGCGCAAGAUCUUAUGACCCGGCGAAAGGCUUACUGGAAGAUACACGGGAAGCCAAGCAACAACACAGCGAAUGUUUCUAACAAGAAGAAAAAGAGGACAGAAGCAAAGAAGCAGCUCGAACAGCGGAAAACAGAAGCCCCAAAAGCGUUGUCAUUGCCCGCGGCUCGGAGAGGAACGAAUCCACACAUCAAGACAAGAGCAUACAAUGUGCCCGUUCGAUCAGUAGAAAGAGUCCUCGCGGCCGAGUCACAUCAAAAUGAGAUACCUGGCGGUAUUAUUUAUCAACUGCCGUUCCAGAACGUUUACUAUCAAAUUGAGGUCCGCGUGGUUGACUUCUUCCCUCCGCGGCUGGAGGAUUUUGCGGUGCAAGUACCCAUGCACUCCAUUGUAGCGCCCGGUGACAGCACCCAUCAGCGUGGUGAACAUCAACGCCUGGAGUGGGAAUGGCGAUUCUGUCUGCUCGUGGAAGGAACGGAGCCCUCGGGCUCAAAAGACGAACCUCGACCUACGAUGAAGAUUUACGUGACAGGUGCGGAAGCCGAUCAUUUGCUCAGUAUUGAUGCCGCAGACCUUCACAACGACCAUAUGAAGUUGCACGAGCUUCGGGAAAAGCUGUUCUUACUUUGGGGCGAUCUCGAAGAGCUCAAGAUGAAGCACGAGGCUUCGGCGAAGACCAACGCAUAUCGGGUUCCCUCGAAGCCAUCUUCAGUACCCUUCAAAUGCAGCAUCAAGGAGUACGGUGUGCCUUGCAGCCACCCCCAUAUUGUCAAACCCCAGUCCCAGGACAAGCUUCCUGGGCGAGGUUGCAGCGAACCGAAUUGCUUUGGUUGGGAGAGGAGGUUCGCUUUGUUUGGCACAGCAAUUCAUACCUGA